CUUCUCCUCCCUUCCGUCUCGCCGUCGCAGGCAGGCACGGAUAUACUGUAAUAUCUGCCGCCUGCGGCCUGCGGGCUUAUAUAUAAGACCACCCCCACCACCACCCAACAAGCCAGCAAGGCAUCUCCGAUCCAUCGACGACCCUACCAAGCAUAUAUAGUGCGCACAUCAUCAUCAUCAUCCGAUACGCACUGCAAAUUAACAACAACUCGUCUUUCUACCCUCUGGCUCGAUCUCGGGCGGGCUAUAUCACAGGUUUAGGCCGGCAUGGACGUGCAGUCGGCGCCGGGCGCGGCGAAGAGGAUGUGGAGCUACCUGCGGGCCGUGUUCCUGAUGCUGCGGAAGGGCAAGCGCAGGCUGCUCCUGGGCCUGCACCUCCUCAUGAAGCGCCGCAACAACAAGGGCGCCCUCGCCCGCUCCGUCGCCACACUCCUCUCCCACUCCCACCACGGCCAUGGCUACGGCCACGCGCACGCGCUGAGCCACCGCCGACGCGGCGAGUACGAGUUCUCCUGCAGCGGCAGCCCCGUCGACCCGCGGCGCCGCUCCAACGCUUACUUCCCCUGCCUCCUCGGCUCCGAGGCCGAGACCGCGCCCACGGCGGCGCUGCAGUACCAGUACAGGAUCGAGUACGACAACUACGCCGCCUCCACGGCCGCGGCAGAAGCGGCGCCGGAGGAGGAGCGAGAUGGGGUUCUGAUGGAGGAGCUAGCGGCGGGGGAGGACGAGUGCGGGAGUACGUCGGCGGAGUCGGUGCCGUCGCCGCUGGUGGCGAGCGCGGGCGGGUUCUCGGUGCGGGUGUCCAACUUCUCGUCCGAGGACGGCGGCGGAGGCGGGGAGGCCGUGGAUGAGGAGGCGGAGGAGUUCAUCAGCCGAUUCUACGAGCAGCUCCGCCAGCAGAACCAGAUCGCGCUAUCCGCUGCUCCCGUACCCGCCAGAUGAACUGAUGUGCAUGAUGGUACGCGCAUCGGCAUCGGCAUGCAUGGAGCUGCCAUGGCUAUAAUUAGUACAUGCACGGUUUGCACAUAUGUUUGGCUUGCCUGUGCGUAGCCGCUCUCGCGCGUCCAUGCAUGUACUAUUGUACUUAAGUAUGUAAACGUGACAACGUAAUACGUGGAUCGAGUCCCUGAUAGUUUUUGGUUGCUGGGACAGAGCCGUGAUGUAUUAAUAAAUCGUGACUUUUUCUCGAAAAUAAAAGUUUUUAUUGAUUUCGACGGCA